AAUGAUAUGUAAUAAUAAUAAUAAUAAUAAUAAUAAUAAUAAUAAUAAUAAUAAUAAUAAUAAUAAUAAUAAUAAUAAUAAUAAUAAUAAUAAUUAAAAUAGAAAAGGUGUCGUUAAAUUUGGUGUGUCGUGUGUACAAGACGAAGACGGUGUCGUCGUCAAGUCGUGUUCAAUGACGGAACAGUGUUAGUUUGAAAGCGCAACCUUUCCUACCUUGGAAGGAGAUAGAAAACACGUGGAAUAAAAGAAAGAAGAAAGAAGAAAGAAGAAAAAAGACGGACGUACGAAGGAAUAACCACGUCGACCGUCGCAUGGACCACAACUUGGAAAGGAAACGAACCUGACCCGCUUGCUGAAACGGGGUUACGCUUCAACGUAUGAGGGAAACGUAUUAUGUGAGGUGAAACUUGCGACGAGGGAAACGAAGAUGUCCACGAUCAGCGUCGCGACAUGGUUACUCGGAGUCGUCGCUCUGACGACGAUUAAUAAUGGCGUUCAUUGUCAAAGCAUUUUGCACGGUAGUAGCGGGAAAAACGGUGGUGAUAGCAGCUACCAACAAAACAGUUUAGAAGACUUAUCACGUUCCGGCCCGUAUUUCGACAAGUCGGCCUCGAAGAACGUGACGGCGCUUCUAGGAAAGACGACGUACCUCAAUUGUCGUGUAAAAAACUUGGGCAACAAAACGAUGACGCUCCAAGUUUCGUGGGUCCGGCAUAGGGACAUUCACUUGCUGACGAUUGGUCAGUACACAUACACGAAUGAUCAGAGAUUUCGUGCGAUUCACAAAGCUCAGUCGGAGGAUUGGACACUACAAAUAAAAUAUCCGCAGCAUCGAGAUAGUGGUAUUUACGAGUGCCAGGUCUCGACGACUCCCCACAUGAGCCAUUUCGUACAUUUGAACGUUAUCGAACCGAAAACCGAAAUACUCGGUGCACCGGAUCUUUACAUCGACAGAGGCAGUACAAUCAACCUCACCUGUAUCAUAUUACAAAGUCCAGAACCCCCGGCUUAUAUAUUCUGGAAUCACAACAACGCCAUAAUUAGCUACGACUCGACCAGAGGUGGCGUGUCGGUGGUCACGGAAAAGGGCGACAGUACGACGAGUUUCCUCCUCGUUCAGGAAGCCAAACCGUCUGACUCCGGACGUUAUACGUGUAAUCCCAGCAACGCUCAACCAAAGUCGAUUACCGUUCAUGUACUCAAUGGAGAGUAUCCCGCGGCAAUGCAGCAUGGCGGUCAGGCGAAACAACCGAGGCUCUACUCACUGCUGCUUUGUCUGUGCCUGCUUCUUUAUUAAGGAAGGAAAGAAUUAAGGAGAAAAAUAAGAGGGAUCGUACUCUCUCCGUCUAUCACUUUCUCUCUCUAUCUAUCUAUCUCUCUCUCUCUCUCUCUCUCUCUCUCUCUCUCUCUCCAUCUUUUUCUCUCUCUAUCUCUCUCUAUCUCUUUAUCCCUCUUUCUCUCUCUAUUUAUCUAUCUUUCACUAUUCAUCUAUCUACUUAUCUCUUUCUAUCUAUUUAAAACCAUAGAAACUCUGAGAAAUUCUAUAAGAAAGGGAAUGUACCAGUGAAAUUUGUCACUAAUCUUUUGGUAUCAAUUAAACGGAGAAGACAAAGGAAAAGAGAGAGAGAGAGAGAGAGAAAGAGAUAGAUAGUUAGAUAGACAGAAAGAUAGAUAGAUAAAUAAAUAGAUAGAUAAA